GAAAACACCAAGCGGAAAAUUGCUUUUCUUUCAGUAUUAAUCGAACCGUGUCCUUCGUCGCUACAAAGCAUCUGAGAGUUGAGAGCAAUGCAACGGACUUGACUCGCGUAUCGAAUAUAAUAGUGGACCGCGACGAAGUUCAACCGGGUGUGUCGAUCGGUGCAUGAUCUUUUCUUGAAAAGAUCGAGUGAUGGACAUUGGAUUGAUGUGACAUUUUGUGACGGGAAAUAUCAACGGGGUUUGCGGUUAUUUUGAGUGAAACAAGAAAAAUCGGGUUUUCCCAACAAUGCCAAAGCGGAAAAGUAGUAAAUCACCCAAUUUGGAUUUGUUAGAAGAUGGAUUCGACGAUGACUUGGACUCUAAUGACGAUAAACCCGGCACCCCGAUCCAACGGAACGCAGCCAACGCACGGGAACGGGCCCGGAUGCGGGUGCUCUCCAAGGCAUUCUUCAACCUGAAGCGCAACAUCCCAUGGGUCCCGGCGGAUACCAAACUCUCCAAGCUGGACACGCUCCGGUUGGCCAAAAACUACAUCAGCUACCUGGCGGCCACGUUGGACGGCCAAUCCGUGGAGGACUUCUCCACCAACCUGGCCCAGCCACCGAAGACGGCAUGGCCGUUCAUAUUCCAGCCGGUGCAACCUCACGAGCCAACGACCAAACCGAAACUGCUAUCCGCUUCGAGCACCGGUUCCAUCCACUCAGACAAGUGGCCCAACAUUCGCGCCAACGGCAACGGCGGCAACGGGCUGUCGCCCAACGAAAACAACAAUAUCAAAUCUCAGCAUUUCUCGCCUUCGACGACAAACGCAACAUCUGCGCAACCGACCGUUGGUGGAAGAUCGUUUUCCUCCUGCGUAGAAUCGCAAGCAUUGGGUCUGGAUCGGCAUCAGGCUCAACAUCAGCAAAGUCACCAUCACCAGUCGGUUAUCCAUGCUUCUUCGCAGCAUAAUCUUCAUUCGCAUCAUCAGCAACAACAUCAUCCCCAUCAUCACCAGAUGACGGUGGCCGGGAUCGAUACGAGCAAUCACAUUCACAGCUUCCACCAUCACCAUCAUCCUCACAUGGCCAUGGGCAGUGAUUGAUGGGUUGGAUCUGCUGUUUGGAACUUCCCCAGUUUUGAUCGUACUUUAGUUUACAUAAUUAUGUGUUUAACUUCCAAAAAAUAAAGUAUUAUUUGAAGUGUAUUAUGAAUAAAAAAUUUAAUAAAAUUGA